GCUAUUUACCUUGCGUGAGGAACAUGGUAAAGCUGAUUCACACACUGGCGGAUCACGGUGAUGACGUCAGCUGCUGCGCCUUCUCAUCCACGCUCCUGGCCACCUGCUCCUUGGACAAGACCAUCCGCCUGUACUCCCUCAGUGACUUUGCUGAACUGCCGCACUCCCCGUUGAAGUUUCACACGUAUGCUGUCCACUGCUGCAGCUUCUCGCCGUCAGGACACGUUUUGGCGUCGUGCUCGACAGACGGUACCACGGUACUGUGGAGCGCGCACAGCGGACACACCCUGACGGUGUUGGAGCAGCCGGGUGGAAGCCCCGUACGCGUUUGCUGCUUUUCCCCGGACUCCACCUACCUGGCAUCAGGGGCUGCCGAUGGGUCUGUUGUUUUGUGGAACGCACAUUCAUACAAAUUAUAUAGGUGUGGUAGUGUCAAGGACAGCUCAUUGGUGGCCUGCGCGUUUUCUCCUGACGGAGGCCUCCUUGUCACUGGCUCCUCGGGAGGGGACUUGACAGUGUGGGAUGACAGAAUGAGGUGUCUGCACAGCGAGAAGGCACACGACCUCGGGAUCACCUGCUGCAGCUUUUCCUCGCAGCCUCUCUCUGGUGGAGAGCACGGUCUUCAGCUUUACCGAUUGGCAUCGUGUGGUCAAGACUGUGAGAUCAAACUCUGGGUUGUUUCUUUUACCCGUGUCUUAGGCUUUGAGUUAAAAUAUAGAAGCACACUAAGUGGGCACUGUGCCCCUGUUCUGGCCUGUGCCUUUUCCCAUGAUGGACAGAUGCUUGCAUCAGGGUCAGUGGAUAAGUCUGUCAUCAUCUAUGAUAUUGGAACUCAGAGUGUGCUGCACACGCUGACUCAGCAUACCAGGUAUGUCACGACUUGUGCGUUUGCACCCAACACUCUCUUACUUGCUACUGGUUCAAUGGACAAGACAGUGAACAUUUGGCAGUUUGACCUGGAAACACCUUGCCAAGGAAGUGUGAACGAUCAGCUGAAACAUUUCAUUGAGGACUGGUCAGAGGAGGAUGUCUCAAAGUGGCUUCGUGCUCAAGGCUUGGAAGACCUCGUUGAUAUUUUCCGGACAAACAACAUCGACGGGAAAGAACUGUUGCACCUCACAAAGGAAAGUCUGGCUGGUGAUUUGAAAAUCGAGUCUCUAGGUCUGCGCAGCAAAGUCCUGCGGAGUAUUGACGAGCUCAGGACCAGGAUGGAGUCCCUUUCUUCCGGAAUCCCUGACGAGUUCAUCUGCCCAAUAACCAGGGAACUUAUGAAGGACCCCGUCAUCGCGUCAGAUGGCUACUCCUACGAGAGAGAAGCAAUGGAGAGUUGGAUCCACAAGAAGAAGCGCACGAGCCCCAUGACAAACUUGGCUCUCCCUUCACUGGUACUGACCCCAAACAGGACUCUGAAAAUGGCCAUCAAUCGAUGGCUAGAGACGCAUCAGAAGUGAACCUGCCCACAGGCAUCGGGUACACUGUCAGUGGUGCCCUUCAGAUGAUUCAAAAUGCUAAGCAGCCAUUACAGAAGCAAAUAAAAGGGAAGGACAGA